UAGGACAUCGAUAUCGAGAUCCAACCAAACCCAGAUCUGCUGCUUAUAAUCUCUCUCAGGGUUUUGCAAGUCUCGAUUUUUGAAUAAUGGAGAAGGCUAAGGCUACGAAGGAGACAGCUGCGGUCCCAGUAACGUUAUUUUGGGACAUAAAGAGGUUUCCGGUCCCCGAAGGCUAUGAUGCUCGUCGGGUGGGUCCGUGUAUCAAACAGAAUUUGAGGAAGCUUGGCUACACUGGUCCUAUCACCAUCACUGCCAUUGGUGUACUAACAGAGGUUUCCUUGGACAUCCUUGAAUCCCUAUCUUCCACUGGGAUCGCUUUUAAGAACUUGGCCAACAGUCCCAGAGACGCUUUGGGUAUAUUCAUUGACUUUUAUCCUGAUGCUCCAUCCCCCGCUAAUAUAAUGGUCCUAUCCGCUCCACCGGCCUUCACUCUUCCGAUCGUCGAAACGCAUAUUAGCGAGAUACGUAACGAUGGAUACUACACUACUUUUCUCUUUGCACGUAAUUCUCAAGAUGAAAAGUGCCUCUGGUUGUAUUAUGUUGCUACUAAUUUUUUUAUUUUAUUUUUUAUUCCCACAGAUCCUCCGGCACUUGAGGAUGGGGAUAAGUGCAGUGAAACCGGUAAACCUUCCUUCUGGAAUUGCUUUGUGUGCCGUGGUAUUCGUGGCUAUGGCUUUCAAAAUUUUCUCACGCAUCUCUCUACUCGGCACCAUAAACGAAUGCUUUCCUACUGGAAUUCAUACGCCAAGCCUGGCGACUCGGAAUCUGACUCGGACUCUGACUCUGACGUGGAGGCUGCGUAG